GAAUGGCAUCCUUAGUAAAAUGACUGGAGAAAGCAAAUGGAAGAUGGGUGCUCUUGUGGACAGAAAUAAAUCAAGGUUAAUAAUGCUCAUGUCUAUAGCUGCCAGGGAUCAUGCAAAUGUCUGUCUCAUCCCUUCAAUUGAGUUCCCCAAAUCCAUCACCACACACUGUAAACGACAUCUUUGUUCUCUCCCUUUAACCCUAUUUCCACCUAUAAUAACCAAAAUGCCAUGUUUUGUCUUCAUUUUGCAUGAAAAUGACCGUUUGCUACACAUUUGAAAUCCUGCUCUUGCCAAGGAUGAGACCAGAUUUGGUAAUUUAUUAUUUGUUCAUGAUGAUUGUUUGUUAAGGCUGAGGAUGGAUAAUUCAGACGCAUGCAAAUGAGGGCUUCAGCUUCUGCUCUUUUUUAGUCACUGGGUCACUGCUGCCGAAUUUCUUCAGUUAACAGUCUCUCUGCUUUUACACAUGAUCGUCAGAAAGGUUCAUCAGUCUCUGCCAUGGUGGGUGCUGAUCAGGAAGGAAGCGCGCCGGCCACUGCUGUGAACGUGUCUUCGAAGAAGAAGAAGGAGAUUCUAUCCACGGCCAUGAAGAGAACCAGUGAAUGGAUUUUUUCCCAGGAGAUUCCGAGUGAUAUUAUUGUUCAAGCUGGAGGAGCUUCUUUUUCAUUGCACAAGUUUCCACUAGUCUCAAAGUGUGGACGCAUAAGGAAACUGGUGUCAGAAUCUGGAAAUGGUGAUUAUCCUGUCAUUGAAAUUCCCAAUGUCCCGGGCGGUGCAGAAGCAUUUGAGCUUGCAGCAAAAUUUUGUUACGGUAUAAAUUUUGAGAUAAGCACAGAAAACAUAGCUGUCCUGCGAUGUGUGGCAGAGUAUCUUGAGAUGAUAGAGGACUAUGCAGUGGGCAACCUGGUGGCAAGAACUGAAGCCUACUUGAAUGAGGUAGCACUCAAAAGCCUUGCAGGGUCUGUUUCCAUUUUACAUCAUUCAGAAAACCUCCUCCCAAUUGCAGAGAAAGUAAAAUUGGUAGGCCGAUGUGUGGAUGCAAUAGCAUACAUAGCCUGCAAGGAAACCCAAUUCUGUAUGUCAGGCAGAAAUAAUGAGAGCGGUGCUGAGGGCAUAACUUCUUCUGCAAUGUCUAACCCCAAAACCAUUGUCGACUGGUGGGCUGAAGAUUUGACAAUUCUUAGAAUUGAUUUCUUCCAACGGGUUAUGGUUGCAAUGAUGGCAAGAGGAUUCAAACAAUGUGCACUUGGUCCGAUACUCAUGCUUUAUGCACGAAAAUCUCUCCGAGGUUUGGAAAUAUUUGAACAGGGGAGGAAGAAAAUUGAGCCAAGGCAGGAGCAUGAGAAACGGGUUGUUUUAGAAACAAUAGUGGGUCUUUUGCCGAGGGAGAAGAAUGCCAUGUCAGUUAGUUUUCUUUCUACGCUCCUCCGUGCCGCAAUAUAUCUCGAGACUACAGUUGCUUGCCGUCUUGAUUUGGAGAAGAGGAUGGGCAUGCAGCUAGGACAUGCUGUUUUGGAUGAUCUCCUGAUUCCUUCCUUUUCCUUCACUGGAGACACAUUGUUUGAUGUGGAAUCUGUGAAGCGGAUCAUGAUGAAUUUCCUUGACAAUGAAGUGGAUAGGAAUCAUUUGGGCUGCAAUGCAGAUGAUGAGUUUGUUUCUCCUUCCCCAAGCAAUAUGGAACGAGUUGGGAAGCUAAUGGAGAACUAUCUUGCUGAAAUAGCCUCUGACCGUAACUUAUCUGUUUUGAGGUUUAUUGGUCUUGCUGAACUUAUCCCAGAACAAUCAAGGAUAACAGAAGACGGAAUGUACAGAGCCAUAGAUAUCUACUUAAAGGCUCAUCCUGCUUUAAGUGACAUGGAGAGGAAGAAAGUUUGCAGCUUGAUGGACUGCCAAAAACUAUCUAGGGAGGCCUGUGCUCAUGCUGCUCAGAAUGACCGGCUCCCAGUCCAAACUGUGGUUCAGGUGCUUUACUAUGAGCAGCAACGCAUUCGAGAUGUCAUGAAUGGCAGCCUAAUUGGUGGGGGAUCCCCUGCUCUUUCCUCCAAAGUCAAUAUAUACUCCUCUGAUAUCCACCCAGUUUCAGAUGAGCUUUCAAGCUUGCGAAGAGAAAAUGAGGACCUGAAAAUAGAGCUAGUUAAAAUGAAAAUGAGACUCAAGGAAAUUGAAAAAUCCAGCAUUAAAUCAGAAGCUGGCAGUCCUUUGCAGAACAUUCAGCCAUCUGCUGAUAAGCCUCCUUUGCCUCGAAAAUCAUUUAUAAAUUCCGUGUCGAAAAAACUUGGGCGGCUUUCUCCUUUUGUCCGUGCUGAUGGAGUCACACCUGGAAAUUCCAAAGCUCGUACAAAACCUAGUAGGGAUCGGCGACAUUCCAUAUCCUGAGGCAUUGCUGGUUUGUGAUUGAGUCCUAUUGGUAUUAGUAAGCUAUACGUUGUGAGUAUAGAUAUAGUGUCUUUCUUGCUUUGCUUUUCAAGCACUCUGUAUUUUUGCACUCUUGUACUCUCUGUGAUAUUUGUGUAAGCUGGGGAAUUGAGAACUAGCAUGUCACUGUGGGUACCAUUGAUUGGGCAGUUCUCUCCAAUUACUUGGGUAUUGAAACUAAGUUUUGGAGUAGGGAUUAAUAUUGGAAAAUUAUGCAUUAAUGUUGUAUUUAUUGGAAGUAAAAGUAGUCACACCUACAAUCCAGAUAGUUAUGGAUAGAGAAUAAAAGGGAAGAUUUGAUAGUUUA